ACAGCAGCAGCGACAACACCAUCAUCACCACCACCACCACGACCAGCAGUAACCUCAACAACAACAACAGCAGCAACAACCACAACAACAACGACAGCAGCAACAACAGCCACCGUGCCAAUGAAAACCAUGGCAUCGAGAUGGAGAUACGCCCAAGGAGGAGACCGAACAAGCAGCACCACCCCACCAAGCCCGUCGAGUGGCACACCCCGUUGUUUGUCAAAUGGUUUGACGCCAAGUCCUGUAUUAUGCGAGACGUCCAACAGACCCAGGCGUUGUUCUCGCAAGGUCAGCACGCGGAGAAGUCCCCGGCGCGGGCAGUUCGGCGAUCGAAGCUCCCCGAUACCGCUUCGAACUCGACCCGGACACCUGCACCAGUCUUGAUGAAGGUGGUGAAGACGCCGGCACCCACUACACCGACGAAGAAGCCCUCACCGCUUGCAUCCAGACCACCACCGACAUCGGCGAGGCCGAUCCGAGCGCCCCUCCCCGCUUCCCCGAGGAGGCCGACAGUUCCGUUGGCCUCAACCCGGAAACGCCAGCGCGAUGGUGAAGGCUUGCAGAAGCCGGAGGAGACAAGAGCGGAGCGGACGAAAGCGGCGACGCGCAGAGUCCCGAACAUCGUGCCCGUCCCCACCACGGCCACCACCUCCACCGCCUCCACCAUCACCGCAUUCACCACCUGCUCCGAGAAAGACGUAAAGACGAUUGCGGCUGCCAAGAAGAUUGCGGAGGUGCACUGCUGCCACCAACCGCAGCACGAGAACGAGGGGUGGGUACGGGUGCCGUACCUGAGCGACGAGGACGGAGGAAAGGAGGUGGUCGGCGCAUUUGUCCACCUUCCCGUGGCGAUCCUUCCACCGACCUGCGGCCAGGUUUGCGACGAGGGCACGGUGUACGUCCGACCGGGCGGAGGACGGCCGACCCGAGAGUGGUACCACGAGGACCAGCGUGUUGUCUGGGAGGUGCCCAAGUCCACCAUCCUGGACAAGGUGCCCGCGGGAGAAGGCGCAAAGUGCGACGCGUGCCACGACGACAAGCGGGGGUGCAGCUGGACGCCCGACGGGCUCGAAUUGCUCUGCAACUACUGCGCGGACGCGCCUCGCCGCGAGGUGGGCGACUACCGCGAGCUGCGCGGCUACGGCCAGUUCACGUGGGUCAGCGCGUGCGACUGCAACUGCUGA